UGAACUGGAAAAAACGCCCCACGCCGAAUGGACCAAAUGGACAGCUGUCCACAGUUUAUUGAUGAGGAGGAUCAGCCAUUUGCAGUGGUUCCGCAAGUGUGGCUCAGCGAGGGCAUGUGCUAUUGGCCCCCAUUUAACCUCCGCAAAAAAGACAAAGGCAACAAUUUAGCCAUCCGCUGCACGCCUCCACACAGCACCUGGGAGAAACAUCAUUUUAAGUUUAUGAAGGGAGCAGAAUGUUGGCAAGAGGCGAUGAGAUAUUUGGUGCGCUUCCAAACAGGUUCUAGCGUUGAAACGACGGACGAUGACAAGAAGAGAAAGAGAAAGAGAAUCUCAAAUUCCAAGUACAGACCCCAGGCCUCUUCUGAUGAAGAGGAGUCUAGUCUUCCAGAUGCACCAGCAGUGCUGUCGUUUGGACAACCUCUUUUGAGCUUUGAAAACAUUGUUCCUGGUAACAAGGUUUCAGUGCUGCCCGAUGCUCCAGAAGUUGCAUCGAUUCCAGAAAACCAGGAAAAUGUUGUGCCAUCUGUAGGCUUCAGAGGUGAACCAGGUUUCUCCCCAGAAAUUCAGACUCCACUUCACAGAGCCAAGAGUUUGAGUACAAGACACUUGACUGGUUACUCGCCGCAGCAGUUUCUGGAUGAAAGGUGUCGAGCUCGUCAAGUACUAAGCUUUACACCCCCAGCAGCAAAUUUACCCUGGCAGCAUAUGGGUGAAAACGCUGGAGGAGAAAGUCAUCGCUCUGUAAUUGGCCCUUGGACUCCCCUGGCAUCUCGUGUACAGCAUGAAGUUUUCAGCUAUGAAGAUUUCCAGAGACUCCAGAAUGAAAAACAAGCCGUGAUGGAGGAGAACCAAGCCCUUAGGGAGGAGAACCAAGCCCUGAGGGAGGAGAACCAAGCUCUGAGGGAAAGCACUGCACGAGCAGCUUCGGAUGACAGCGGCUCACUUCAAGAGCAGGUGAAGCAAGUUGGGACAAUGUUGAAGACGUUUGCUCGCACUGGGCAAUCAGGUGCAGAUCAGACCUUAAUGCUGCGACGUCUUGGAGAGUUUGGCGAUGUUGUGCGUAGCAUGGACAACAAAAUGGACACUAUGCUGCAACAUUUCAGUGCCAAUGUGUCUGUUGGAGAGUUAUCCCUGCCAGGGGAUCUGUUACUCCCCCUAGACACCCAGGAAGAUUUGGCGUUGCUUGACAACAGUUUGAGGCAGGAUAAAGAGCUCCAGGAACGAUUUCUUCGGUUUUUGGCAAUCAAAUGUGGGAGGGACCUAAAGACAACCGUCUGGCGGAUGCUUCAAAGUAUCUUCUCUAAUCACCUUUCCAUCAAUACAACCUGGACUGGAGUUGGGGAUAAAGCAUGUUUUAGAGACAUGUUCCUGAAGACCAUUGUUCAAAGAGCCAUCCGGAAGAACCCGGCAACACAGGAUGCCACUGAUGAAGCCAUCCAGGUUAACGUUACGCGUUACCUGAAAGGAGCAUCUGACCGUGAAGGCGGAAAAAGGCGCCGCACAGCUGAGAGGGACCCACAGCCGACCCCUUAAACCUAGGCUGACUACUGACAUCCCAGCAUCACUGACAACUGGAACCCUUUCUUUAUCCUGCAGUCAGUAACAUCAAGACCCCUAAAGAAGCCAGAAGUGUCAGACUGCACUCCCCAAUCCACACUGUUCACUGUGGAUAUUAUCAUAGUGCUUAACUUAUUAUAUUGUUAAAUAUAGCUUGUAAAUCCUUGUGCCACAGGUCAGCAUUGCAGUUAUAUCUGUUCUACUACUUUUUUUACCUCAGUAUUUUUUAUAUAUAUUUGAAGAUGUUUAUCACAGAUACAAGAGACAUCUUGUACCCCAGGUCAGCAAUGCCAUUAUAAUGGUCUAUUCUACUCCAGAGCUUUAUUCUAAAUUAUUACCACUUAUCUUAUUGUUAGAAAUGGCUUGUAAAUGUGAUGUUAUACC